AUGUCUUCUACAAAAACACUCUCGUCAAAACCCUCAAUCUCAAACUUUUCAUCAGACUCAAAUACAACUACCCCCUUUGUCCUCCCAGAAUCUUUCAAAAUGCACAUCCCCAACCGGAUAUCUUCCUCUUCCACUUCCUCAGCCUCAACGUUUGCUGCUUCUUCAACAGACUAUGCAUAUCUUCACUUAGAACUCGUCUCAAAUAGCACAAUGCCUUCGUCACAAAACCUCCAACGCUCCCAUAAACAUAUCGACCUUGACAUGAUUUGCUGGAAAAUCAUUGUCACAAAAGCCCUCUCCCACUACAUGGGCCUCUCAGGUGAAGCCAUUCAAGCUGAUAUCAUCCAUAUCAUCAAUCCUCAACAUGUUUACAAACGCACAAAAAGUGUCAUUGUCCCUUCAACCUCUCGCUCAACUCUAAACGUUCACAGCAGGAGACCCCACCGUAGGUAUCUGCCCUCAAACGGUAGCCUCUCAAGCCUAUCAGACCUCUCAGAUAAUGGCUCCGAUACCUCUUCCACAACCGUCCCAUGCUCUAUCGCUCAUUACUACCGCUCACGUCGAGAAUCCUCUGUCAUUGCACUUGACCAGCAAAACGCCCAAGAGGACGAUGAUGCAACCCCAAAACCCCAGGUCUGGAUCCGUGUCCCAGAACAAGACCUCACAAACGCAUGGACUGCCCUCUCGGGCUUUGUCACAACUAUAGACACGGGCAACUAUGGCUCUCUUCACGUUGGCGUCCGCGUCAUUCGUGCUUCUAGGUACCUUUCUUCUAUCAGUGGGCCGCUGAGAAGUAAAUGGUGA